GCAUGUUGGAUGGAAAUGGACAUUUCAACUGGUUUUGUUUUGAAAUACUGGAAUGACUAGCACGCUUGUAUUUUGAUGGCGAUUAAAAUUGCUUGAUUGCAGCGCUUGGUAUCAUUAAAACGGUUCGGAAAAAGACAGUCUAAUAGAAAGAGCAAAUAAAUCAACCAGCAACAUGCACAACAGCGUGUUGCCCCCCAAACAGCAUGAAGCGUCUCAGCCGCAAGCGGGUCAACAAGGGGGUAUGCGUAACCCGAUCGAGGAGGAGCAGAUUCCUUUUGUCGAUUCAGAUCACGAAGACGAUUGCGGUGGUGAUGGUCGACCAACAGCAGCUAUCAACAGUAGUUCGCAAGCUAGCUACGACGACGAUACAAUGACGGAGAGCCAGGAAGAUUUAGCACGGGCCUACAUACAUCGCAACACUGGUUCUACACUUGCCGAACGAAGGAUGCAAGAAAAGUUAACCGUGUCCAUCGAUACCAAGACGUACGAGAGCAAUUUGGUUGAGGAAGCGAAGGAUGAACCGACCGAGCUUAAAUCGAUCGAUGAAAGAUCAAGAGGAUUGCGUCGUAAUUCCAUUUCGCUACCUAGUUUGAACGUGAAUGAGCUGGAUGCACUUCGUUUGGAGCAGGAAGAAUUUACUAUACCGGUAAUACUGACCGAGGAUGCGUCAAGCACAAGUUCCCUUUCGGAAGGUACUACCGUGACCCCGGUUACACCUGUUACACCGGGUAAAGUGAAACCCAUGUUGCAUUUUAACGACGAAAGUAGCAGCGAUGAAGAGGAUAGACGACAAACAAAGUACCUCUUCCGGACCAAGCGGCGGACCUCGAUCGCACCAUUGCCAGCUCUGAGACUAAAUGACAAGGAAAUGAUGUCGAACGAUUUCGACACGCACAGCGUGAUGAGUAAUCAGGCAUCGAUCACCAGCGUUAACUCUUUGGCCAGCUUGUUAAAGGAAAAAAUGCAGAAUGUGCCCGCUAUCAUACGGAAGAAAAAGCGAGAAACAAAAGACUACAAGCUGCGCGUUUUUGUCGGAAUGCUGUUUUUGAUUAUCGUUUUUCUGGUCGGCUAUGCCUACGUCAUGUAUAAUCAGAAGCUUUUGAACAAGUCGUACUUCGAGAACAUUAAAUUUCAUAAAAAGACACGCGACUUUCGGCUGCUGGAUGGCAAGGGAGCGGAUCUGUUAACGGGUGUGCUAGGCACCGGUUUCAGUAUUGAGCAACCGUACAACUGUUUGCCGGAAAAUCUGAAAACGGACGGCAGUGUCUGCUAUGAAUGGACUUCAAAGGCCCGAUUGUACAUGAACCUGGCCAAAUCGCCGGGACCAGAGAUCAAAUGCUACUCAUUCCAGUGGGAAACGCUCCAAGAUGGUCUGCAGCCGACAGAUUGUUUCGACAUCGCUGAAGAGCGAGGCUAUUGGUACGGAGGAGGAAUGACCAAGGUCGCCGAAUAUGUACUUGGCAAGGAAUCCUUUCCUGCUAGUCCGUUUGUUACUGGGGACAAAAAUGUAAACCAGUGGGGAAAUGCACUGAAACGGUAUUUUUUGAAUUCGCGUGGUGUAGCCAUUCAAGUGGACGAAAAAACACCCCUUUAUGUCAGCAUCAAUUCGUACUCCGGUCGCAGGCUUUGUCUCCAUGGUCGAAACGAUAAAUUCGCUUUCGUCAACAACCAAACAGCGUUCCCACAGUUGAAGUACACGGUUUGUUCGGGGCCUGAUAUGAAAUCGUUGCACAAUGGUCUGAUGCAAAAGAGUUUGUGGGAUGGGCUAACUGAAAAGGACAAUGACGUCAUCAAGUCAUUGCUACGAGAGCCAAUCUGGCAGAUACCAGCAUCGAAGCAAGAAGAUCUCACCGAAACUGCUAUUUACAAUUACACGGACAGUAUAAUUGCACUGGGCUAUCUCCGACUAGGUCACGUAUUGGUAAACGAAUUUUGGCAACGAAAUAUCGGUGACUUUCGGCUAGACUCGGAUCGAUUCCCUUCUUUGGAUGAAACGGUAAACAUUUUGCACAGACGUGGGUUCCGUGUUUCGUUUACGAUUCAACCGUUUAUCAGCACUGAGAGUAGCAACUUCCAAGAAGCGGUUUCCAAGAAGUUGUUGAUUUACGAACGAGAAUCGGAGCGAAGUAUCCCGGCAUUGACACGAUACAAAAGCACAACCAGUGCUGGAGUACUCGACGUAACAAACAACGCUACCAUACCAUGGCUUGCCGAGAAGCUUAAGACAAUUUCUGAGACGGUUGAAAUUGAUUCUUAUUUUGUUGAUUUUGGAACGGCUUUCAAUAUCCCCCGAUAUUACCAGUGCGCGCAAACGCUAGUCAAUCCGGAUGAGUAUAAGAAUUAUUUCAUGGAGCGCUUCGAAGGUACACUGAGCAUUUUUGGUGUGUCGAGUGCAGUAUCCGUGCCGCGACCUCCCGCCUUUUUAAGCCUUCCCCCGAUGAACAGUUCUUGGGAAGGAUUAAAGAGCAUCAUUCCAACCAUGCUUUCAUACGGUAUAACGGGCUUCCCUUUCAUUAUGCCUGGUCCCGUUGGUGGUGAUUUUGUGCUACCAACUCAGAAACUGAAACAUAUGUAUUCGUACUACUCGCUUGAUCUACCUCCACUGCCAGAUAAGGAACUGUAUAUUCGCUGGUUACAAUUAGCCACGUUUUUACCCGUUCUUCGUUUCACCCACCUGCCAUCCGAGUACCGUGAUGAUGCUGUGACUUCUAUUGCUAAAGAAUUGGCUGAAAUUCGUCUACGAGUGCUACCGUUGCUAGAACGAUUUUCAAGUGUCGCUAUGGACGAGGGACUUCCGAUAAUUCGUCCGCUGUGGAUGCUCGAUUCAACAGACGUCAACUGCUUCCCGAUUGUCGACGAAUUCUCUAUUGGAGAUGGUAUGAUCGUUGCACCGGUUCUUGGACAAGGGGAAACAGUUCGCGAAGUUUAUCUUCCACAAGGCGUUUGGAAGGAUGGCAUUGAUGAAUCGCUAAGAAAAGGAAGCCGUUGGAUCCACAACUACCAUGUGCCUCAAAAUAAGGUGGCUUAUUUCACGAAAAUGCCUGAUAAUACGCGUUUUUAAAUGGUUAGAAGGAUGCAUUCAUUAUUAUUCAAUAAAAAGAACUAUUUAAUUUAUUGUACAGUGUAUUGUUAAACA